CUUUUAAUGGCAAUGAUGAGAAUUUUAAAUAAUUUCUAUGAUUAAAAGCUUUCUCUGAGCCAUUCUUAAUUAUUAUUUUGAAAUUAGAAAUUUGGGCUACCUUAAACGGGUGGGGACGCCUCUAACCCUUUAUUUUUACAUCGUCACGAGAAUGCUACUUGUUUAGACGAGAGUUCGGAUGAAAUGGAGGGGAAAAUGCGUAUGGAAUUGAUCACGAUGACAUUGAUGAUGAUGACGAUGAAGUUAUUCCUCCUGUUUUGAAUUUUAUUAUAAUGAUUGCGAUUCCUCUUUUUAUUUUCCGCAAUUUUUUUCGAAGUGGUGGCAGGUUUGGGACAUACAAAAUUAAAUUAUUUUUCAAAGUAAAGGCAAAAAGGGACGAGGAGGUAUGCCUGGAUCGAUGGGAAAUCUCUUCGGCUUCUCACAAUCGACUGCCAGAGUUAUUAACAAGGAAGAUAUAAAAACAACUUUUAAAGACGUGGCUGGUUGCGAAGAAGCAAAAAUUAAAAUUAUGGAAUUUGUAAAUUUUUUGAAGAAUCCUCAACAAUAUCGGGCGCUUGGUGCAAAAAUUCUAAAGGGUGCACUUCUCACUGGUCCACAAGGAAUUGGAAAAACUUUGCUUGCCAAGGCAACUGCCGGAGAGGCGAAUGUACCUUUCUUCACUGUUUCUGGCUCAGAAUUCCUUGAGAUGUUUGUUGGUGUUGGCCCCGGACGUGUGAGAGAUAUGUUCGAAAUGGCCCGAAAGAAAUCGCCUUGCAUUCUUUAUAUUGAUGAGAUUGAUGCUAUUGGGAAAAAACGAGGCGGUCGCUCUUCUAUUGGAGGACAUUUUGAACAGCAAAAUACGCUCAACCAGUUACUUGUGGAAAUGGAUGGCUUCUCUACUGAGGAGGCCAAUGUUGUAGUAAUCGCAGCAACAAAUCGAUCAGAUGUGUUAGAUCCGGCACUUAUGCGACCUGGACGCUUUGACAGACAAAUUUUUAUACCUGUCCCGGAUAUCAAGGGGCGAGCGUCUAUUUUCCGUGUUCAUUUAAAACCGAUAAAGACUAGUCUGGAUAAAGUGGAAUUAUCAAGAAAAUUAGCUGCUCAUACACCCGGAUUCUCAGGAGCUGAUGUAGCAAACGUUUGUAAUGAGGCUGCAUUAAUCGCUGCUCGUGAUGCUCAUGAUGAAGUGACUGCAAAGGAUUUUGAAAAGGCUAUUGAAAGAGUUGUUGCUGGGAUGGAAAAGAAAAGUCAAGUACUGCAACCUGAUGAAAAAAGACAGUCGCCUACCACGAAGCCGGACAUGCAGUUGCUGGAUGGUUUUUGGAAUUUGCUGAUCCGUUUUAAAAGUCUCAAUAAUGCCGCACGGCAAAGGACUUGGAUAUGCUCAAUAUAUGCCAAAAGAUCAAUAUCUUUAUUCUAAAGAGCAACUGCUAGACCGCAUUUGUAUGACAUUGGGAGGGCGCGUAUCCGAAAAAACUUUUUUGGAAGAAUAACUACUGGUGCACAGGAUGAUUGUCAAAAAGUCACUCAAAUCGCAUAUCCGCAGGUUCAUUCUCCAAAUAAUUUUCGCUUUAUUAAAGUAAUUCCAUUCUUUACGUAGUUAAAUUUAGUUUUGUAGAUUGUCAAAUUCGGAAUGAGCGAGAAGGUUGGCCCCAUUUCCUUUGACACGCCUCAACCUGGAGAGGUUUAAAACUUUAUUUUUAGACUUAAAAAACAUCUCCAACCGCUUAUUUGACUGCUGGGAGAAAUGUGAAUGUAAAGCGUUGGUCACUGGUAAUAAUGCAAAGAGGGAACAAUCGCUUUCUGGAAUGUUACAAUGUCCAGCAUUGAUUGAUGGUCUUAAUUCUAAAGGAGAACACAUUUUACUUUUUUUUUGGCUCGCACCGUUGUUCGUCAGCUAAUUGAACAAGAAGGCUAUACAAAACGGUGUAAGCGCCCUGGACUUACUACCACAACUACAGCAUAUGGCGUUCCCAUUCCUGAACAUGAUCUUGAACCACCGAAAUUUGCAAGAAAAGCACUCGAUUUGGCAAUAGGAAAUUGGGAUGUUGUAAAGAGUUUGCUUGAUGUUGGUAUUAAAAAGCCUAAUACUGAAG